GUAAUAAAUGGCAGAAUGGAAAUAUUUAAUUACAAAAUAGUAUACAUGGCGUAAAUUUCCGGAAUAUUUUUUACGCUCGUUGUCUUUGGCGGCAAAACCGCACCGCAGUCUUGUUACAUUACGACUAAUGGUAUUUCGCGUAAGAAAUUCUUGUAAAUUUUUUGAUAAUAUGUAACAAUUUCCUGAGUUUCAUACUCGUGAUCAACAGUGCUUGUGAAGGGAAUUCAUGUUGGCAAGAAGGAGACACCCACCUUUCGUCGUGAUCUUAAAAACUACUGAGUGGGCUUCAAAUUGGUAUGUUGAUCAUCCACCCUCCAAUCAUCAAACAUACCAAAUUGCAGCCCUGCAACCUCAAUCCGCCAGAGACGGUGGCUACGGAGGAGGAUGUGGUGGCUUCGAAGUGUUCGCCUUCUUGGCAUUCUUGCUGGCCCUCCUGGACCUGAUUCUGGACCUCAAUAACAUGAACGCUGGAGGGGGAGGGGGAGGGGGAGCUGGAGGGGGCGGUCGGAGAUCCCUGGCUAAGCGAGACAUCCAGGACGCCGCCGUUGGAGGUCCCCAGCUUUGCAAGCGAAUGGCUCGACAGCUGGCCCGACUUGGCGCAUGCGCACUUCGGAGAGGCGGUCCGUCUCGGCGUCACAUCAGGCAACUGCACAUAUUACAGCGGUUCCAACUGCGCACUCUCUCUCCCUCUAUCACGACAGUUUCCUGUCCCUCCGUCGAGUAAUAUGAGCCUGGCGGAGAGGAAGCUUCAUGAGAGUGUCUACGAAAAGCUUCAGGAAUAUGUCAGCUUAAGAAGAC